GUAGAGUUUCAACAGGGACUGCCGUGCCCAAUCACAGUAUCUCACUGUGGAAUGUUUGCCGCAGGAGCUCUGCCAGAAAGCUCGGCCACACCGGCAUUAGGACUGGGGAGCUGGGAGAUCUCAGGUAAUUGGGAGAGAGCCAGGAGUUUUACUGAGCGGCCAAGAGGAAGGAUUCAGGGAAGCCGGGCUUCUAAGUUGCAUCUCCACCCCCAGAACUCAGGGAGGCUCCUGUGAGCUCAGGGAAGAGGAAAAUGCCUCCAGCCCUUCCCUUUCACCUUUGGACAUGAAAUUGUAUAGCACAGGUGACCGAAACUGAAGCAAAACAGCUUUCCCCAGGAACUGGUUGGAGCAGAACUAUCUCGAGGACCCGGCAAAAGAAGGACCACUGAAGCAAGCAGACAAAGGGGGGAGCCGAUGGCAGUUGUGCCCUCCUCCCUGCUGCUGGGGCUGCUGCAACUGAUUGUGCUGAAAGAUGUUGCUAGCUCCGAAGCAGGGGAAACAAAAUCAUAAGGCUGCAAUCCUUUCACACCUAGGAUCUGUGGGCAGUCUGUGAUAUCUCCACGUAUUGUGGGAGGGAAUCCAGCCCCCGAGGGCGCAUGGCCAUGGCAAGUCAGCUUUAUGGAGAAUAACCAGCCCAUAUGUGGAGGCUCCCUCAUCAACGAGAAGUGGGUGGUGUCUGCAGCUCACUGCUUCACUAAGGGUUACGAACAGUAUGAUGUGCUGCUGGGGGCCUAUCAACUCUCAAUCCCCCCUUCCAGCCUUGUGGUAACUACUGUGCAACAGGUUAUUUCUCACCCGAAUUAUAACGGCAGUGAUGGCUCUCCCGGGGAUAUCGCUUUAGUGGAGUUGAACGGCUCACUGGAUUUGAACGACUACAUCCUCCCAGUCUGUCUGCCAGACUCUUCUGCACAGUUCUCUAUGGACACAUCCUGCUGGGUCACAGGCUGGGGGCAGGUGAAAGACGGAGAAGCCUUGCCACCCCCACAAACACUUCAGGAACUGGAGGUGCCCCUCAUUGACCGAGACACAUGCAACUCUCUCUUCAACAGUGCCCCAGCGCCAGACCUGCCUCAGAAUCCUGUCCUGGAUGAUAUGAUCUGCGCUGGUUACCCCGAAGGCGGGAAGGAUGCCUGUCAUGGUGACUCUGGAGGACCCUUGGUUUGCAAGUGUGAUGCAGGUUGGACCCUGGCUGGGGUUGUGAGUUGGGGAGAGGGCUGUGCCGAACCCAAACACCCUGGUGUCUACACCUUAGUGCCUUACUAUGCGAACUGGAUCUCCGACAACGUACCCAACAUAAGCUUUGUGGCGUGCAACCAUGCUGGAUGGCACAGUGCCCCCAUUAUGACACUCUUCCUUGCACCUCUUGCUCUGGCCCUCCCUUGAGGUGCCAUCUCUCUGUUGGCCUGCAACCCAGACGGUACUGCCAACUGGACUCUGUUAAGAAAUAUCCAAAAGGACUGUGUGAAGUAGGGUAGAGUUUCUGGGAAUCUUCUCCCACUUCUGUCAAAUUAAUUGGGGCGCAUCUGCGUUACCCAUUUUUUAAAGAAAAAAUAAACUCUUUGAUAGUG